GCCACACAAUACGGGCUGCAGGCUCAUUGUUGCUGCUUACCAGCAGGCCUAUCACCACUCUGGGGACGAGACCUCUCUUUCUGUCUUGGGACUGCUCACCAUGCAUCUCACCCAGCUCAACCGUGAAUGUCUCCUUCACCUUUUCUCUUUCCUAGACAAGGACAGCCGGAGGAGUUUGUCCCUUACCUGUCAUCAGCUGCGUGAGGUCUUCCUGGACCCCCGGCUCUGGAAUCUACUCCACUUCAGCUCCCCAUGUCAGCUGAGGAGAGACAACUUUGUGCUGGGACCCUCACUGCGCUACUUGACUGUUUGCUGGUACUCCAGCAGGGUUCUGCAAGUGUGCAACAUUGAGGAUUGGUUGAAAAGCUCAUUUCAGAAGGACAUCUGCAGUAAACAUGAAAGCCUGGUCAGCACGUUCCUUGCCCAUGUCUGCCACACGUGUCCCAACCUGCGCUCACUAACCCUGUCUGGCUGUGGACACAUUACUGAUCAGGAUGUGAUCUCAAUGCUGCAGAGCUGCAGGAAGCUGAGCUGCCUCCACUUGGAGAAUUGCGUCCGCAUCACAGACUGCAGCCUGGAGGGUGUGGCAGCUCAUGGAGACAGUCUGGAGGAGGUAAAGGUGGACUUCUGCAGGAACAUCACUCAGGCGGGCCUGCAGGCUGUCAGAGAGAAGAGGCCGAACAUCCAGCUGAGUGCAGAGAGGAGCGCUGACAUGAUCCCUGACAGCAAGCCUGAGGAGAAGGUGCCGCUCAGGAGGACACUGCAGAAGCUCCUGCAGUUCUCUUGAUGGAAAUAGCAUUCACAUCCUUUCACAUGGACCGCAAGAAAGAGAAUUUUAUGGACUGUGAUACUUUUGUUCUGAUUUGUAUUUAUGUUAAACACCCUUUUUAUAUACAUUUUUAUAUUACACAUUUUGAGUCUUCCUCACAAAGAUGUCUCUAUUCCAUGUUAUCCUCACUAGGAAAGAUUCCAGACACAAUACGGUCUUAGGGGUUAAAUUGCGAUUUCAUAUGUGAGGAGGCUCUGUGGUUUCACUGUUACCAUGAGCAUAUCAUCAGAUAUCAUUUGACAAGCUCUGAAUAUUUAAACACCACUGAUAGAAUAUGAUGAAAUCUUUCCGUGCACUAACAACUGGUGUGCCUAUUUCAUGAAUCAAACUGUUUUGUUUUUGUGUUUUUGUUGUUUUUUGCGAGAGCACUUUUUUUUUGUGCAUAAAGCAUUCAUUGUAGUGAAAGAAGUCCAUUGUCCUCUGUGGGGAGUUUUCUGCUGAAAAGCAGGAAGUUGGGGAAAUAUGCUUAUUCAAUAUCUUGUCGCAUAAAUAACAGUAACAGAACAAAAGCUGUGUGGUUGCACUGUGUGCUCUGUAUCGGUUACGGUAAGACGUGUCAGAGCUUAGAGGGCAAAGUGUCCUGAUCUGUGAUUAGAAUCAUGUUAUAUAAGACUGUCAGACAUCUGAAAGUAGGUUGAUUGCCAUGUGACAAAUUUAUUGCCGGCUGCUGGUGCAUGCUGCUCACCGUCCACUGACUGCAGCCCCUAAUAAAUAACCAUAUGUCUUAAAACUUUUUUCAGUCCUACCAAAAUGUGUUAUUCAGAUAUUUAUAUAUACUAAGACAGCAACACUGUGUUUUUCUAUAGACCUUGUUUUUUUUUUACUCAGUGUGUUGUUUUGUUUUCGUGUAUUUAUUAAAAGACAAUUCAAUUGUUUUCUGAUGGACAGUUUUUUGU